AUGAGUCACACAGCAUGCCCUGAGGCCGGCGACCAUGCUGCGGUGCCUCUGGAAGGGCCAUUUUCGCACCUUCCAACGGAGCUUCUCAUUCAGAUAUUCGUGCUCUGUAGUCACUCUGGUGGGCCGUUGACGCCGCUCGACUUGAGUGCUGUCUGCAGGCGGUGGAGGGAGGUUUGCAUCUCGUCGCCUCAUGUGUGGCAGCUCAUCGUCGUCAGCACGUUGUCGCGGUCCAUUCCUUCCAUACGCUCCCAGGCAGAGUUGUGGAUAACCCGCUCAGCCCCUUUGCCGUUCGACGUGCACGUCGACCUGCCCGACUGUGAGGCUCUCCUGCCCAUCAUAUCCUACUUCCUCCCUCACAUACAUCGCUGGAGGGACUGUAGCAUAAGUCUCGGGGGUCGUACAGUAUGGCAGACUUCCCCAGUUAACUUCUCUCAUUUUUCGGAGCGCCUGGAGCUUCAACAUUUGGAAGUGCACCUCAGGACGCCAGUGGCAGACGAUAGGAAUCUAGAUGCCUCCUUCUCUUACAGAGGGAAUGCUGUUGGCCAGGUAUCCAUGGAAAUCACAGCAUCCUACCUCCCGUCGCCGGGGUCACUUAACCCACUGCACUUCACCUCUCUUGACAUCUCGGAAAGCUACCCUCUAUAUGCCGUACGCCUCGAGCGUUUUUCGUUUCGUGGUGUUUGCUUUCAGGAGGGCGCUUUGACUGUGUCUCCUGUCGUCGCACUACCUCGGCUGCACACCCUUAUCCUGGACUCAACGUGUAUCCAACGGAGCAUCCUAUCCCACCUGCAUCUUCCUGCACUCCGUGUACUGCAUCUGCGGCAGUUGAACAUGGACUUCUCUUUGCAUCGUUACCACAUAGCAGAACCAGGGGACAGCGAUGAUGAAGCCCACGAUUUCUCGCAGUCACCAUCAAGUGAUCACCACACAGGCAUGGGCAUGCGGAAACUCAUUUCACGCUCGAACCCGCCUCUUGAGAUUCUGAGCAUGGGCCUUUCAGACAUGCGCACAAAGGAUUUCAGUUGGGUUUUUGACAGGCUCUCGCAUCUCAGGCAAUUUACCAUCGUCGGAUCUGAUAUGUCUAAUAAAGUCAUCCGGCUUCUGAAGCCCGUGCCGAUUGGAGGAGCAGAGGGAGAUGUAGAUGGACACCCACAGGAAAUGCGCGUCCGGUUACCCCAGCUGGAGAUCCUAAGGCUCGUCUCCUGUCAGCAGUUUUCGGGCGACGCGCUGGUAGACGCACUGACCACUCGUGUUCGCUAUACUGACACCGCAACGCCGGACCAAUCACUUACUCAAGUGAUCAUCGCAAGCUGCAAUGGGUUGAAACCCAAUCACGAAGCAGAGCUCUCCUGGUACUUGCGUGACAGACUGCACGUUUUAUGA